AUGUAUCCACUGUUGUCUCCCUCAAGUAUUGAGGUGAGCAACCAUAUACAUGAUGAUAUUGUCUUCUCUAUUCUCUCCAAACUUCCUCUCAAAUCUUUGAAGCGAUUGGAAUCUGUAUCCAAAUCAUGGUCUCUCUUAUUCUAUAACCCUUAUUUUAUGACUAUGUUUCGCAACUAUUUCGUAUCUAAAGAUCAUUCUUUUUAUGAUGAUAUAUCUUUCCUCUUACAUUUGAAAAACGAUGGUCUUUUAUACUCUCUUUCUGGUGAGGGGUCUGAGAAUAAUAAAGUUAGAUUUCAUUGGGAAAAGCUUUCUCUAAGAGAUAGGGGAAACAACUUUUCUUUUAAUAUUUCCGGUCCCAUUAGUUUUAAUGGAACUCUCUGUGUCCAAUAUUAUCACAAUGGCUAUCCAAAAAUAAUGUUGUGGAACCCGGCUACCACAGAAUUCAAGAUAAUUUUUGAAGAAUAUGGUCAUUUUUCAAAUGAAAAUGAUUGGUCCGAUCAUUAUCAAGUCGGUUAUGAUCAUGUUAAAGAUGACUAUAAGAUGAUUAGACACACUCAGUGUCGUCCUAGAACAAGUAACGGAAUUUCUUCCUUCUGGGAGAUAUUUAGCAUAAACAAUAACUCUUGGAGGAAAAUUGAUGACGAUUUUCCUCACUCAUGUAGAAGUAGUGAAGAAGUGUACGUGGAUGAAGUGUCUCAUUGGUGUGAAAAAACGGGAGCACGUACAUAUUUGGUGUCAUUUGACUUCAGCAAAGAAUCUUUUAUUACAACACUCGUGCCCUCUCACAUAGAUGAUGAUUUUGAUUUUAUUUCGAAAAGGUGGACAAGGGUGAGUAGUUUGACUGUAUUAAAUGGAUCUAUUGCUUUUAUAGUACAUUAUGAAGAGACAAGUACUUUUGAUAUUUUAAUUUUGGGUGAACUCGGUGUUGAAGAAUCAUGGACUAAAUUCUUUAUUGUUGGGCCUUUAUCUUGCCUUAAGAUUCCGAUUGGAAUAGGGAAGAAGGGAAAUAUAUUGAUCCAAAAGAAAGACAACAAACUAGCUUGGUUUGAUAUAAAUACCGGAACUAUUGAUGAAAUUGGUGUUACAACUGAAACUCAUGGCAAGAUAUAUUUCCAUAAAGAAACCCUUCUUCCAAAUGGAGAAAUAUAUAAUAAAUUUUCUUCUUGUUUUCACAAGCAACCUUUAUGA